GUGACAGGACAACCUGAAAAGAAAACUUGAAAUGCGAGUGCCAUGGCUUAUCUUGCACUAUUGGAAGAUUUGGAGAACCGUGCGAUCCGCAGGGAGCGCGUUUUCAAAGAGCGUGCUGAUCUGUUCAGUGAGAGCACAGAGUGGCUUCUCAGCAGGUACCGCUUACCCAAAAACAUAUUGAUGGAUUUAUGCCGUGAUUUACAACCCAUGUUGGAGCGAGAGACAAAACGCACCAAAGCCAUCCCAGUGCACAUCCAGCUCCUGUCCACCCUGGGAUUUUUGGCCACCGGAACAUUUCAACGAGAGAUUGGAGACAUAUGCGGCAUUUCGCAGCCGACAUUAAGCAGAAUCAUGCCGGCGGUGUUGGAUGCAAUAAUUUCUCUGGCCCCAACUUACAUCCAGUUCCCAUACAGACAUCACCAACAAGCCGAAAUCAAACGAGGAUUUCAUGCUAUCGCCGGAUUCCCAAACAUAAUUGGAGCCAUAGAUUGCACUCAUAUCACAAUAAAAGCACCAUCACACAAUGAAUACAGUUACGUGAACAGGAAAGGAUUUCAUUCAAUCAAUGCGCAAAUAAUCUGUGAUGCAAAUAUGUCCCUGUUGAACGUUGUUGCCCGGUGGCCUGGAGGAACGCACGACUCAUUCAUUCUGCAGAACAGCUCUGUGGGUGUGCGUCUCCAAGCAGGAGCUGUUGAGGAUGGCUGGCUUAUUGGUGAUCGGGGAUAUCCACUGAAGCCGUGGCUAAUGACCCCCGUAACCUACCCGAGGACCCCACAGGAGCAGCACUACAACCGGGCCCAUGCGCGUUCAAGAACCAUCAUUGAACGCGCAAUAGGCCUGCUAAAAGGCCGAUGGCUGUGCCUGUCCAGCGCAGGGGGGGCACUUCAGUAUAAGCCUGAAAAAGUCUGCCACAUCAUCAUGGCUUGCUGUGUGCUUCACAAUUUGGCCAUCAGACAAGCACUGCCUGUGUCAGCACCCUCGGCCCAGGAUGCACCGACUGGGGGUUGGAUGGCCCCAGCUGCUCUUGUUCCUCCAACUCCCCCGGCUCCUCCGCCGCCUCCGGCUCCUGAGCGCAGGGGGGACUGGCUUGAGUUUCUGAGUUAUUGA